AUGGAUCAAGUUAUCGCACAGCAGCAGCUUCCCGUCGAUGCAGACGGCAUUUGCAUGGUGUGCAAAGAGAAGCCGCUGGAGGAGGCGACUCUCACUUGUGUCACGUGCGCCACCCCCUGGCACGUGACCUGUCUCUUGGUGGUGCCGGAUAACAUGGCAUCGGCGGCGAACUUUGAAUGUCCGGACUGUUCCGGUGCCGGAUUUAUAUCUGGAGCUCCGGCGGUGGCGGCGGCGGGGGGGAAGGGGGAACUGGUGGCGAGGAUUCGGGAGAUAGAGGCGGAUGAUUCACUUUCGGAAAAGGAUAAGGCGAGGAAAAGGCAGGAGCUGUUGAGUGGAAAGGUGGACGAGAGUGGAAGUAAAGGAAAAGAAAAAGUGAGUGAGGAUUCAAUGAGUGAUGUGUUGGCGGUGCUUGGUGAGAGCUGCAAGUGUUCCUUUUGCAUGCAGCUUCCAGAAAGGCCUGUUACGACACCAUGCGGACACAAUUUUUGCUUAAAAUGCUUUGAAAAGUGGAUUAAGCAAGGGAAGAAUACUUGUGCCAAGUGUCGUAGUAGUAUUCCCCGCAAAAUGGCAAUUCAACCACGCAUCAAUUCCAUACUCGUCUUUGGCAUCCGAAUGGCUAAAAUGUCUACAUCAUUAUCCUCCAGGGGCCCUCAAAAUGUUUAUCGUUCUUUGCAUAUCCAAGACCGGCCUGAUAAGGCGUUUACUACAGAAAGAGCACAGAAAGCUGGAAUGGCCAAUGCUGCAAGUGGAAGGAUCUUUGUUACUGUCCCUAAAGACCAUUUUGGACCCAUUACAGCAGAAAACGAUCCGGAAAGGAAUCAGGGGGUAUUGGUUGGAGAGUGUUGGGCGAUGCGCAUGGACUGCAGGCAGUGGGGUGUGCACUAUCCCCCUGUUGCUGGGAUUGGUGGAAAGGCAAGUUAUGGUUCUCAAUCAGUUGUAAUUUCAGGGGGUUACGAGGAUGACGAAGACCAUGGUGAAUGGUUUAUCUACACUGGAAGUGGUGGAAGAGAUCUGAGUGGGAAUAGACGAACUAACAAGGCACAAUCAUUCGAUCAGGAAUUUAAGGAAGGAAAUCAGGCUUUGCGAGUCAGCUGCUAUAAAGGCUAUCCGGUUCGCGUAGUUAGAUCUGAGAAGGACAAGCGCUCUUCCUAUGCCCCAGAGAAAGGCUACCGCUACGACGGUGUCUACAGGGUUGAGAAGUGUUGGAGAAAAGCUGGAAAGCAGGGAUUCAAGGUCUGCAGAUACUUAUUUGUGAGAUGUGACAAUGAACCUGCGCCCUGGACAAGUGAUGAGCAUGGAGAUUCUCCAAGACCCUUGCCAGACAUUCCUGAGCUUAACAAGGCAUUAGAUAUCUCUGAAAGGGCUGAAAGUCCCUCAUGGGAUUAUGAUGAGCAAGAAGCUUGCUGGAAGUGGAAAAAGCCGCCACCCGCUAGUGAAGAAAAAGUAAUCAAUGUUAAUCCCGAGGAGAGAGAGAAGGCAAGGAAAGUGAUAAGGAAAGCACACAAUGUCUCCCUGAAGGAGAAAUUGUUAAAAGGAUUUUGUUGCCUUAUUUGUGAAAAAUUGCUGAAUCUCCCCCUCACGACACCCUGUGCUCACAAUUUCUGUAAGCCAUGUCUGGAAGAUGCAUUUGCUGGAAAAACAUUCACAAAAGAGAGGAUGUGCCAGAAUGGAAGGAAACUUCGUUCACAGAAAAAUGUCAUGAAAUGCCCAUCAUGCCCAACUGAUAUAUCUGAUUAUCUACAGAAUCCUCAGGUUAAUAGGGAACUCAUGGAGGUGAUAGAGAAGCUGCAGUCGGGGCUUAAGGAGGACGAGAAUAACAGUGGUGACUCCAGUGAUGGGAAAGCCGAUGCUAGUGAUGAAAAUUUUGAUGCUCUACCAGGGAGUUCAGGAGUCGACUUGCCCAAUGCAGAAAAUAACAGUGGCCACUCCACUGAUGGGAAAGUGAAUGCUAGUAACGAAGAGUGUGAUGCUCAACCAAAGGGUUCAGGAGUAGACUUGCCAAAUGCAGAAGCCGAAGGCAAUGAUGAAACAACUCGUAAGAGAAAGAGCAGUUCAGCUGACCUUUCAGCUGAGCACGAGAUAAGUGAGACUUCCAAGAAAGUUAAAGUCAAUGCUAGGAAUGGCACGCCCAAUGUUGACAACAAUGCUCCAGAGAACAAGAAUUCUCUAGAGAAACCUAAUGAAGGCAAUGUCAUGCACCCCAGAAUGGAAAUUCUUGAGGUUAAUGGCAAUAAAAGUAAUUCACCCUCAAGUCCUCUGAAUCUGCCUUCAGACGAUGAUUUACAGUAA